AAACCUCUUUUAUCUUCAAACUAUCGUGUGGUGUAGAAACGUGGAGACCUGCAAGAACAACUUGUUAUUCAUCUACUCUGUAGUCUAGUUGACUCGUGAGCCAAGAAGACUCUUUCUGUCUUUUAUUUUCAAAACAAACAUGCAGAUUUGCAAGAAGAAUGUGUUUUUAUUAUACUACGGAGUGUUGGUGUUCUUGUCUUUUCAAGUUUCUUCUUCAACUGACACUAUUUCUACCAAUCAACCUCUUUCAGGAUUUGAGACCAUUGUUUCCAGCGGUGAUAUAUUCGAACUCGGUCUCUUCACCCCAACUCCAGAUACUUAUGAUCAUAGAAACUACUACAUAGGAAUGUGGUACAGGCACGUCUCUCCACAGACUAUUGUUUGGGUCGCAAACCGAGAAUCUCCUCUUGGAGGGGAUGCUUCUACUUACUUAUUAAAGAUCUUAGAUGGAAACUUAAUUCUCCAUGAUAAUAUCAGCGCCACCCGUAAAUCUCAUACGGAGGGGACAUCUCGGAGAUCCCCUCAAAAGAUCUCAGAAGGAAACUUACUUUUCCAUGAAACAGUUUGGUCGACCGGUGUUAACUCUAGUAUGAGCAAGGAUGUUCAAGCUGUUCUGUUUGAUAGUGGUAAUCUAGUAUUGAGAGAUGGGCCUAAUUCUUCUGCAGCUGUGUUGUGGCAGAGUUUUGAUCAUCCCUCGGAUACUUGGCUUCCUGGCGGUAAAAUCAGAUUAGGAAGCCAACUUUUCACUUCUUGGGAGAGCUUGAUAGAUCCAUCACCGGGUCGAUACUCUCUCGAGUUUGACCCUAAACUACACUCACUCGUCACGGUUUGGAAUAGAUCAAAGUCAUAUUGGUCCAGUGGGCCAUUGUAUGAUUGGCUUCAAAGUUUCAAGGGAUUUCCAGAAUUGCAAGGUACUAAGUUGAGUUUCACAUUGAAUAUGGAUGAGUCUUACAUCACCUUUUCAGUAGAUCCCCAGAGCAGAUAUCGUUUGGUCAUGGGUGUUUCGGGGCAGUUCAUGCUGCAAGUUUGGCACGUUGACUUACAGUCGUGGCGUGUGAUAUUGUCUCAACCUGAUAAUAGAUGUGACGUUUAUAACAGUUGUGGAUCAUUUGGGAUUUGCAAUGAAAACCGAGAGCCUCCCCCAUGUAGAUGUGUUCCUGGUUUCAAACGAGAAUUUUCCCAAGGAUCUGAUGACUCGAAUGAUUACUCUGGUGGUUGUAAAAGGGAAACAUACCUUCAUUGUUAUAAGCGAAAUGACGAGUUUCUUCCUAUUGAAAACAUGAAAUUAGCCACUGAUCCAACAACAGCAUCGGUCUUGACAUCCGGGACUUUUAGGACGUGUGCCUCACGUUGCGUAGCUGAUUGUUCUUGCCAAGCGUACGCAAAUGAUGGAAACAAGUGUUUGGUGUGGACAAAAGAUGCUUUCAAUCUGCAACAACUCGAUGCAAAUAAGGGACACACAUUCUUUCUUAGACUUGCAUCUUCAAACAUCUCAACUGCAAACAACCGAAAAACAGAACAUUCUAAAGGCAAAAGCAUUGUGUUACCACUUGUACUAGCAUCACUUGUAGCAACUGCUGCAUGUUUCGUUGGUUUGUAUUGUUGCAUUUCUUCAAGAAUAAGAAGAAAAAAGAAACAAAGAGACGAAAAACAUAGCAGAGAGCUAUUAGAAGGUGGCCUAAUUGAUGAUGCUGGAGAAAAUAUGUGUUACCUAAAUCUACAUGACAUAAUGGUUGCAACAAAUUCUUUCUCUAGGAAAAAAAAGUUAGGAGAAGGUGGUUUUGGUCCAGUCUACAAGGGAAAGCUACCAAAUGGGAUGGAAGUGGCAAUCAAAAGGCUUUCAAAAAAAUCAAGUCAAGGUCUGACAGAGUUCAAGAAUGAAGUUGUUCUGAUCAUAAAGCUUCAACACAAGAACUUGGUGAGGCUUUUAGGGUAUUGUGUUGAAGGCGAUGAGAAGCUCCUAAUUUAUGAGUACAUGUCGAAUAAGAGCCUUGAUGGUUUACUCUUUGAUUCUUUAAAGUCUAGGGAAUUGGAUUGGGAGACACGUAUGAAAAUAGUAAAUGGGACGACAAGAGGACUUCAAUAUCUGCAUGAGUACUCACGUCUCAGGAUCAUUCACCGAGAUCUUAAGGCAAGCAAUAUUCUACUUGACGAUGAGAUGAAUCCUAAGAUCUCAGAUUUUGGAACCGCAAGGAUUUUUGGUUGCAAGCAAAUCGAUGAUAGCACCCAAAGAAUCGUCGGGACAUUGUAAGUGUACAUCUCGUAUAGUUAGUUAUGUAUCCACUUGUUUCAAACACUAAAAUGUUGAGUUUAAGUUUAUGUUUCUCAGUAUUAUAACACACAUACUUUUUUUUUCAUUCCUAGUGUCUUUGCAACUUAUUUAUGAAUGAUGUUUGAAAAAACUAAAACAUUGUGCUGAGGUAAGUACAUAAUUUUUACAUGUCAAUGCAAAGGAAAAAACAAUCACUACCUAUAUGUAUUUACAUUAGAAUCUUUGGAUUAAAUUUCAUAAGCGGUUAAUUUCAGCGGCUAUAUGUCACCGGAAUAUGCAUUAGGUGGAGUGAUUUCAGAGAAAUCGGAUAUAUACAGCUUUGGAGUGUUGUUAUUGGAGAUCAUAUCGGGUAAAAAGGCGACAAGGUUUGUUCAUAACGACCAAAAACACAGCCUUAUUGCUUAUGAAUGGGAAUCUUGGUGUGAAACAAAAGGUGUAAGCAUUAUAGAUGAACCAAUGUGUUGUUCGUAUUCUUUAGAAGAAGCGAUGCGGUGCAUUCAUAUCGCACUUCUUUGUGUUCAAGAUCAUCCUAAAGAUAGACCCAUGAUUUCACAAAUCGUUUAUAUGUUGAGCAACGAUAACACUCUUCCGAUUCCGAAACAACCAACUUUCUCAAACGUGUUGAACGGGGAUCAACAGCUAGACUACGUAUUCUCCAUAAACGAAGCAACGCAAACAGAACUGGAAGCGCGAUGAACAUUAACAAUACUUGGUAAAAAUGUUGCUAUAUCCCCUGAAUUAUUAUUAUUUUUUAUUUUUUUUUAAUACCAGGAGGUUCUGGGCCGAAGCCUGUAAUCUUCCAGGCCCGAAACCACAACAUGUAAUAUUAGUUUCGUUUCAAGUGUCACUCGAACCGGCGACCUAUAAGCUUCGUGUAGGGUUUUUACCAAUUGAGCUAACGACACUUGGUUAUCCCCUGAUUUAUUAGAUAAGAGUAUUUACUUAAACUGCUUAUGUGAUGCUGAGAGUGUUCUUUAAAAUAUUUUAUUCUUUGUCAUUUGAAAACAAAGUAAUCAAAUAAUUGUUGAAUCGUC